GCGGGGGUCCUUCGGUGGCCCGGGGGCCGUCGUCUCGGUCGGCUUCGGCGUCGCGUCACUAGUCGGCGACUGAAGCUCGGGCAGAGGCGGCGGCGGCGGCAGCGGCGGCCACUGCUCUGGGCUUGGCUUCUCGGGGUGUGUCGGCCGCCGCUGCUGCCUGGGCCUGGUAUGUACAAAUGGCUGGCUAGGAUUCUCGGCACCAUUUUCGGGGUCUGUGAGCGGCCGGUGCCCCCCGCGCGGGCCUCCCUGAAGAGGCGGCGCUCCGACAGCACUCUGUUUUCUACAGUGGACACUGAUGAAAUACCUGCUAAAAGACCAAGAUUAGAUUGCCUUAUUCAACAAGUGAAAAGCAGUCUUUACAAUGCUGCCAGCUUAUUUGGAAUCCCACUUCAGCUGACCACAAAGCCUAUGGUGACUUCUACUUGUAAUGGAACAAGGAAUGUGGCCCCUUCAGGAGAGGUCAGUGGCGUUUUUUCAAACUCUUCAUCUUGUGAACUGACAGGUUCUGGACCUGGGAACAACAUGUUGAAAUUGGGUAAUAAAUCUCCUAAUGGAAUCAGUGACUAUCCAAAGAUCAGAGUGACAGUAACCCGAGAUCAGCCUCGAAGAGUUCUACCUUCAGUUGGUUUUACUUUGAAUUCAGAAGGUUACAGUAGAAGACCUGGUGGUCGUCGCCAUAGCAAAGGCAAUCCAGAGAGUUCCUUUAUGGGGAGAUCUCAGGAGCAGGUGGUAACAGAGAUUGUCUCUGAAGACAGUGGCAAGGGUCAGCGCCGUCCCCACUGUACUGUGGAAGAGGGUUUUCAAAAAGAGGAGAGAGAGAAGUACCAAAAGUUACUGGAGCGACUAAAAGGAGUCAGCCAUGGAAGCUCUGCUCCUCCUGUAACUUCAACUCAUCAUAGUUCUCCAAGAAGUCAGAUGGACACUUUAAAGACCAAAGGCUUGGGGGACGAGCCAAGUCAUGGAUUCAAAACAACACAGUUUGUUCCAAAACAAUAUAGAGUUAUUGAAACAAGGGGACCUGUCUAUUCAGUGAGAAGUGAGAAGAGGUAUUCAAAGGGAAAAAUUUCAGAUGCAGAGAAGACUAUUGGAAUCAGACUAGAAAAUGAGAGUAGGAGGGGACACCAGCUAGAACCUGAUUUAUCUGAAGAAGUGUCAGCCCGACUUCGUCUGGGUGGUGGAAGCAAUGGCUUACUUAGGAGAAAAUUAUCAAUACUUGAGACAAAAGAAAAACUUUGCUCAGGCAAAGAAAGGGAUAAAAGGACGGAUGAUCUUCUUGAACUUACAGAGGACAUGGAAAAGGAAAUCAGUAUUGCACUAGGUCAUGGUCCUAAGGAUGAGAUUCUAAGUAGUGCUUUCAAACUGCGAAUCACUAGAGGAGAUAUCCAGACCUUGAAGAACUAUCACUGGCUCAAUGAUGAAGUCAUCAAUUUUUAUAUGAAUCUUCUAGUGGAAAGAAACAAAAAACAAGACUAUCCAGCACUUCAUGCUUUCAGUACUUUUUUCUACCCUAAAUUAAAGUCUGGUGGUUACCAAGCAGUAAAAAGAUGGACCAAAGGGGUCAAUCUCUUUGAACAGGAACUUAUCUUAGUGCCUAUUCAUCGAAAGGUACAUUGGAGCCUAGUGGUGAUAGACCUAAGAAAAAAGUGUCUUAAAUAUCUGGAUUCAAUGGGACAAAAGGGCCACAGGAUCUGUGAGAUUCUCCUUCAGUAUUUACGGGAUGAAAGUAAGACCAAAAGAAAUACUGAUCUGAAUCUUCUGGAGUGGACGCACUAUAGUAUGAAACCACAUGAGAUUCCCCAACAGUUGAAUGGAAGUGACUGUGGAAUGUUUACUUGUAAAUAUGCAGAUUAUGUCUCUAGGGACAAACCGAUCACAUUCACUCAGCACCAGAUGCCUCUCUUCCGGAAGAAGAUGGUGUGGGAAAUCCUUCACCAACAGUUGCUGUGAGAAUAUCCUCUGGUCCCUCGAACUGCUGGUGGUUCUUUCAUGGACAGAUGUUUCCAUAUACCUCAUGCAUUGUGGGUAAAGAAGUCCCCGCUUCACCUCUGUUCUCCCAGGUACUGAGCUGUCAAGUGCAUGAUGGCCUCUCACUGCACCUCACACGUGCACGAGGGCUGCUUACAACCCUGUUCUUCAGGCUAUGUCUGCUCGGAGCCUUGGACUGUUCUGCCCACACAAGAACAAACGCUAAUUAAUACUUUUUUUUUUAGAUUUUUUUCUGUGAAUGUGGGAAAUGCAGGAUUAAUUCUGUGAUUUCUUUUUUGUGUGUUUGUUCACGUAUAUUUAUCUGCUCACCCAUUUGCAAAACAUCAUGGGCAGUGGCUAUUUUCUGCUGCUCUUUCUUUCACUGUUAACUCUAAAUAUCUUGUUUGAACUAUUUAUUUCUAAAAAAGAAUGUUCAUCAAACUGCCAGAGUCUGCCGAAGAUCAGGAGGGGAAAUGUGUCUGGGGAAGAAGUAUAUUCCUUUACCUCCUCUCAUGCUGGAGCAGCAACCACCAACUUGAAGCUCAUUUUCUGGUUUUCGGAGGCUUGCCUUUUAGAAGAGUCUCACACAGCCGGAUUGGCACCAGGUCCAGCCAAAGCAUAAUCAUGACCAACAAGUUCUGGCCAGCCGAGCAGCUUCGGAAGAGUAUCACGGUCAUCAAAGAGAGACUUCCUGGUGAUGUGGCUACUCUUGCAACUGGAUCUAAAGUAACUGUAAAAUCUGAAUCUUCAUUGACAUCCAGAUCUGAUUUGAGUAUAAACUCAAAAUUGUGACCCUUGGUCUGAGCUGUUUUAUUUCAAAAGAUACUAUUCAGUUUAAAGCUAUUUUUUUCUCAGAGUUUUUUUUUUAAAUAAUAUAUAUAUAUAUAUAAAGCUGAAAUUAAGUUUUUUAUUCAUUAGACUUUUACCCUCCUUCCCCCAUGCUGCCCCACAGCAAGUUAUGGAAGAAAAUUUAAUACUUGGCUCUGAGUUGCCAGUUGUACAAUAAUCUAUUUUGCAUAUGAAAGUUUGUAUUUAACUUUGUUUUUGGUUGUUCAUUGAAAACCUUACAGAUAUGGUUAUGCAUUUUUAAUUUUGAAAAGUUUAUAAAGUUGGUCAGCACCUAUUUUGCAAGAUCUAGUGCCUCGUGUUGUUUUUCCAAUGUAAUAAAAGGUUGUGUCUCAGAA